GCCAUCAAUCAUUUCUAUUCACGAGUGCCAGCAAGUAAGAAGCCCCCAAAAGAUCUCCGUCGCCAUGUGGAAUCUAUUGGCGGUUCUACCAGUAAUCCUACUAGUUUUUCAAGGACUUCCAGUCCCGUCCAGCUCCGAUCCAGUGUGGGGCUUAGAGUUUCUCACGAAUCUAAACGAUGUUGUGACAAAAAAGAUCAAAAGGUCGAUGGAGGAGCUUGAAGAUUCAAGCAUUUUAGAGGCUAAGGAAAGCUACCUGACUCUCAAGGAGGCUGCCGAGCUGCCAUUCCUCCAGCUGGAUGAAAAAAUCAUGGCUUACAACAACUACGAGAAGGUCUAUGGUGUUCGGCAGAACCCAGAGCUGGAAUCAGACGCCGACAGCACCACCGAGUUGACAGAAAAGUUUCCUGUGAAGAAACGCACAAUAUUUACAUUACUAUUCGAGACGAGCGUUUUUGCGAUCUUCUCGGGACUGGGUAUAUUCGGUAGUUUAGCCAGUCGCGUUUGGAAUGCCCUACUCUGUGAUAAGAAAAAAGCAAGAAAGCUCAAAAAGAAGAUUGAAGCAUUGUCCUGUUCGCUCUCAAAGUUUACGUGUAAGAGACCAUCGCAUAAGUCUUCUUCUUCUUCUUCUUCUUCUUACUAUGGUAUUUUUGAUAUUUUUUUCUAUUCUUCUUCUUCUCCUUCUUAUAAGAAAAAGAAGAAAGGUAAGAAGAAAAAGGAUAAAGAUUGCGAGGAAAUACAAGCAAUUAUUACAGAUAUAUAUAAAGACUAAUUAAACUUGAGAGGCUUAUACAUUUAUUCCACCACAAAGAAGUUUGGAAUAUGAAUAUGAAUACUAUAUGAAUA